GGCGUGCGGGUCUCGGCGCUCGGUAGCGGUAGCCAGGAGAAGAGGCCUGCUGGCAGGGCGGGCGCGCAGAGGAAGGACCCGCGAGGCACAGCCAUCCUGCCGGUGUGAGGAGAUUUGGAAAGGCCCCGCUCAGUGGUAGCGCCCGCGGCUGGGCUAAGGCAACAGGCGGGGGGGAAGGUGCUUGUGGUGCAGAAGCAGGUUUAGAGCCCACAGCGGAGAGGAGGUGGGAAUCCGGGACAGUUUCUGCGGGGAGACUUAGGACAUAUGGCUGUUGGAGAGGGAAGACUGCAGUCCGCUUACACUCUUCUCCCCCGCCCCCAAUCAGUCCACUCCUAGUUGUAAUCCAUUUUAAAUAUGAUCGCUGAAAGGAGAACGGUAGGGAGCAGAAGGAGCCAGGCUGAUUCAUAAAGGAGAACAACCCGGUAGCUGUAGGCAACCUGAGUGCUGUCAGUGACCUCACCGACAGGGUGCAGGCUCAUAUAGCUUAAACGUGGUAGGGAGAGCCAGAUGUUAGCAACAAGAUUUAUUGGUAGUCCCGAGAAAGAAACCCCUGGAGGAUAUGAUGUGCUCAUUGUGUAUGCAAGUGACGCCACUGAAUGGUGUCAGUACCUCCAGAACCUCUUCCUCUUUACUCGGCAUGUUCGAAAGCAUCGGAUUCUGAGCUACCAGCUGGAAGGCGGGUCUGCCAUCUCCCACCAGGAGCUGGACUUAUUCAGCAGAAGUCGGAGUAUCAUCCUUUUGCUAUCUGCUGAGCUGGUGCAGAAUUUUUAUCUCCCUCCUGUCCUGCAGAGCCUUCAGGAAGCUUUAUGGCCCCCGUGCAAAGUAGUGAAGCUGUUCUGCGGUGUCACGGACUGUGAUGACUAUGUGACCUUUUUCAAGGAUUGGUCUCAGUGGCAGGAACUCACAAAUGAUGAUGAGCCUGAUGCUUACCUUGCAGCUGUCAAGAAGGCAAUUUCAGAAGACUCAGGCUGUGACUCUGUGACUGAUACAGAAACAGAAGACGAGAAGAGCCCAGUUUACUCCCACAGACUUGCCAUGAGUGAAGAACAUGGAUCAUCCAAGAGCACUGGAGACCAUCUGGUGGUGCAGCCUGACCGCAUACGGUGUGGGGUGCGGACAACAGUUUAUAUUAUCAUGAAAUGCAAGCUUGAUGGUGAAGUGAAAACUGAAGUUGAAUUCUUUCCAGAGAAUGCGUCGUCUGUGCGUGUGCUGGCUGAGAUGGAGAACGAGUACACAAUCUCUGUGGAGGCUCCAAAUUUAACCUCUGGAACAGUGCUUCUGCAGAUAUAUUCAGGGGACUUGAUGGUGGGAGAAACAAGCAUCAUCUAUCAUACCGACAUGGAGGAAAUCAGCAGUCUGUUGGCUAAUGCAGCCAACCCAGUACAGUUCAUGUGCCAGGCCUUUAAAAUUGUGCCAUACAGCAUAGAAGCACUGGACAAACUGUUGACUGAGUCACUCAAGAAGAACAUUCCUGCCAGUGGCUUACAUCUGUUUGGAAUCAACCAACUGGAAGAAGAAGAUAUGACAACAAAUCAGAGGGAUGAGGAGUUGCCAACACUUCUUCACUUUUCUGCAAGAUAUGGGCUGAAGAACCUCACCGCCUUGCUCCUUACAUGCCCUGGAGCACUGCAGGCCUACAGUGUAGCCAACAAAUAUGGCCACUAUCCGAACACCAUAGCAGAAAAGCAUGGCUUUAAGGACCUCCGCCAAUUCAUUGAUGAAUAUGUGGAAACAGCAGAUAUGCUGAAGAGUCACAUUAAAGAAGAGCUGAUGCAAGGCGAGGAGGAUGAGGCUGUUUAUGAGUCCAUGGCUCAUCUGUCCACUGAUCUGUUGAUGAAAUGUUCCUUGAAUCCUGGCUCUGAUGAAGAGCUUUAUGAAUCCAUGGCUGGAUUUGUCCCUGGUGCCCCAGAAGAUCUUUAUGUAGAGAUGCUUCAGUCCAAACCAGACACUCCAGUUGCCACAGAUGAAGUUUCUCUAACUACAAAAGACUCAAUGCUCCGCAAGUUUUUAGAAGGUGGCAGCAUGGAUGCGCCAGACUCAGAAGAAGGAGUUUGCCAGCAGUAUGGUGAAGAUGUAUACUACUCAGUGGAACAAGAUACUUUUCCACAGGAAAUGGCUAGCAGACCUCCAGUUCCUGUUCCAAGACCAGAAUCCAGCUCUCCACAGCCGGACAAUGAGUUAUACAUCUCCAAAAUUUUUGCCCAGAAAGCUCAAAGACCUGAGAAUCUCUAUGUCCCUAGAGGAAAGGUUAAGAAAGAGACAAUAAUCAGACCUGUAAGGGACCCAUCUCAAUCAAGCAUAUAUGAUCCAUUUGCUGGAAUGAAAACCCCAGGUCAGCGGCAGCUGAUUACAUUACAGGAGCAAGUGAAAAUGGGCAUACUCACUGUUGAUGAAGCUGUACUUCAUUUUAAGGAAUGGCAACUGAACCAGAAAAAGAGAUCAGAAUCAUUCCGGUUCCAGCAGGAAAAUCUGAAACGGCUACGAGACAGCAUAACCAGGAGACAAAUGGAGAAGCAAAAGAAAGACAAAAGUGCAGAUUUGGAAAUUACCGUACCCAUUCGACAUCCUCAUAAUACUUUGGGGAAACCAGAAUGUGGAAUAUAUGAAUAUACCCCCAGGAAAAACGUUUUCCCACCAAAAAGGGAGUUAAAGCGAGGAGACUGGAAAACAGAAAGCACAUCCAGCACAACAAGUAGUGCAAGUAACCGCUCCAGCACUCGGAGCAUUUUGAGUGUCAGCAGUGGGAUGGAAGGUGACAGUGAGGACAAUGAAGUCCCAGAAACAACUAGAAGCCGCAGCCCAGUUGCCCACCAAGCAGAGAGGCUGCCUUUUCCAGAAAGGCCUCCCAGAGUGCCUCCUCGAGGUGCAAGCAGGCCUGUAAGCUGUGAAAGCUUUUAUCCUCCACCUGUGCCCCCAAGAGGUCGCUGAAUUUCUCAACAUCUGUGGAAUAUGAGAUUUUUCUGUUUGCAUGUGUGUUUGUACAGAUAUUUUGGGGUUGUCUUAAAUUAUUUAUAAGUGGGAGACAAAUGUUUUCUUUCCCUUCCUUCUCCCUAAAGCUCUGGUGACUUUUCCCAUGACUUUCAUUUUUUCAUUUAUUGGCCUUGCGUAACUUUUUUGCUUGGAAGAAUUUUGGUGCUUUGAGAAUUCAAGAAAAAGUAUCACAGUUAGGAAGGAGAACACUGAUGUGUGUCUUAGCAGCCCUGCGCCAACAUGAAGUUUCCUUUUGACCAAGAAAGAACACGUGUCCUUUUAGAAACUAAAUCCUGAUAAGCAUUGUUACCAAAACACUCAAUAUAACCAACCUACAAGGGCUUGACUGGAAAACAUGCUUCAAAAACUAAAGAAAAUAAGUUGUUUGAAGAACACUCAUUACAGCAGGAGCAGGUGAAGGUACUGCUGUUUGGUAUAACAUUUUGGGUAUGGACAUAUUGACCUUUCAGGUCAGUAGCAUCUCCCUCCAGCAAUCAUUAAACAAUGGGAGGAUGAGAACUUGUCUUUAUUCAAGAAUGUAUUUUGCAUACAGCCUUGAAAAUGGCUUUCCCUUUCCCCUUCACUCCCUGAAGAGGACAGACAUUAACAAGGUGUUGUGUGCUGCAUUUACCAUGAAAAUUCCAGCUGGUAAGGGACCUGCUGUAUCACAAAACAACUGUACUUAAACCACUUCUGGGGAGCAGGUGGGCAUGUUGUUACUUGAAAUGACACGACUGGCCUCUCAAAUUAGAGGAAGGAAUUGGCUGCAAUGCUGUGUUCUGUAUCUCUUACAUGUAUUCACUAUAGAAGCAAUAUAAAGGUGUUUCACUUCAUGCUCU